CGGCGGGUCCCGGACCGGGAGCGGUGCCGGGGAUGGCGGUGCCCGGGAUGGCGGUGCCCUUCGUGGAGGACUGGGACCUGGUGCAGACGCUGGGAGAAGGCGCUUACGGAGAGGUGCAGCUGGCCGUCAACCGCCGCACUGAGGAAGCUGUGGCUGUCAAGAUUGUGGACAUGAAGCGGGCAGCUGACUGCCCAGAGAACAUCAAGAAGGAGAUCUGCAUCAACAAGAUGCUCAACCACGAGAAUGUUGUCAAGUUCUACGGGCACCGGCGGGAAGGGGCCACCCAGUACCUGUUCCUGGAGUACUGCAGCGGGGGCGAGCUCUUCGACCGCAUCGAGCCGGAUAUCGGGAUGCCGGAGCCAGAGGCACAGCGGUUCUUCCAGCAGCUGAUCGCCGGUGUGGUCUACCUGCACAGCAUUGGCAUCACCCACCGUGACCUGAAGCCAGAGAACCUGCUGCUGGAUGAGCGAGACAACCUGAAGAUCUCAGACUUCGGCCUGGCCACGGUCUUCCGGCACAACGGGCGGGAGCGGCAGCUGAGCCGGAUGUGUGGGACGCUGCCCUACGUGGCCCCCGAGCUGCUGCGGCGCCCCGAGUUCCGCGCCGAGCCCGUGGACGUCUGGGCCUGCGGCGUGGUGCUCACUGCCAUGCUGGCCGGGGAGCUGCCCUGGGACCAGCCCAGCGACAGCUGCCAGGAGUACAGUGACUGGAAGGAGAGGAAGACCUACCUCCCACCCUGGAAGAAGAUCGAUUCGGCGCCCUUAGCUUUGCUCCACAAGAUCCUGACAGAGAGCCCGGCAGCCCGGAUCACCAUCCCUGACAUCAAGAAGGACCGAUGGUUCAGCAACUCAAAAAGGGUAGGGGGAGGUGUCAAGCGAACCCGCGGCUCCUCGGGGGGGCUCAGCGACUCCCCCGGCGCCUUCUCCAAGCCCACCCGCUCCGACAUGGAUUUCUCACCAGUGAAGAGCACACUGAGCGAGGACAAGGCCGGUUACUCGUCGCAGCCGGAGCCCGGGACGGGCGGGACGCUGUGGGAGAGCGGGACGGGCAGCAUCGGCCGCCUGGUGCAGGGCAUCAGCUUCUCCCAGCCCGCCCGCCCCGAGCACAUGCCGCUCCGCAGUUCCAUAAUAUCAGUUUCGGGGGGCUCUGCCCUCCGUGCGGGGCGGCAGAGCCGGUGGCAGCGGCUGGUGAAGCGGAUGACGCGGUUCUUCACCAAACUGGACGCCGAGGGCUCGUACCGCGCCCUGCGGGAGGCCUGCGAGAAGAUGGGCUACGGCUGGAAGAAGUCCUGCACCAACCAGGUCACCAUCUCGACCACAGACAGGAGGAACAACCAGCUCAUCUUCAAGGUGAACCUGGUGGAGAUGGAGAGCAGGAUUCUGGUGGACUUUCGCCUCUCCAAGGGCGAUGGCCUGGAGUUCAAGAGGCAUUUCCUGAAGAUCAAGGGCAAGCUCAGCGACAUCAUCAGCACUCAGAAGGUCUGGCUGCCUGCCACAUGA